GGCGUCUCGUGGAAAACGAAAGCACGAGCCUAGAAGGUCUCGCGAGGGUCGUCACAUCGAUUCCAAGAGACGCCGCUAUGAUUGACUCACAUCGCUUCGAAGCGGGUCGCCUACAACACUUUUAUCACAGGUGGGUGGCUCUAAGAGCUCCACCAGUUAUAUUGAAAAUGAUUUCCAAUCUUCGAAUACCAUUUAUAAGAAAGCCCCCUCUAUUGAUACCAGAUUUGGAUACUUACCAAACACCAGACUCUCCCCAAAUGGCUGCAGAAAUUCGGGCAAUGUUAGAUUUAAAGGUCUUAGAACUAGCGGAAGUAAGUCCCAGUUUUGUGUCACCGAUGUUUUUAAUUCAAAAAGCAGACCUUUCCUUCCGACCGAUUUUCAAUUUGAAAUAUCUAAACAAUUAUAUAACAAUAAAGAAAUUUUACCUUAUAUCUCAUUUCGAGAUUCCAAAUUUUCUGCAACCGGGAGACUGGAUGACGAAAGUCGAUAUGUCACAAGCGUAUUUUCACGUAAACGUCACGCCACCUCACCGACGUUUUCUAAGAUUAAUAUUCAGACAUGUACUUUACCAAAGGCUCUAGGAUGGAUUCUCAAUUUCAAAAAAUCUAUUACGAAUCCCACACAAAACAUCGAAUUCUUAGGAAUUCAAUGGAAUACCCUACAGAACGAAAAAUAUCUUCCUCCCAAGAAGAUAGUAAAACUACAAAAGGAGUUUCAGCGACUUCUUUUGAAGAAGACCUGCUCUCUCAGCGAAGCGAGGUCCGUUCUGGGGCGAUUAAAUUUUGCCAAUUACGUAGUGCCACAGGGUCGAUUACAUUGCCGCCACUUUCAACGUCACCUUCGCACGCUACGCAAGGGAAAGCAUCCAAGGCAGCAAUACAUGUUGCCGAAGGACGUCCUGUUGGAUCUACAGUGGUGGCGGCGUGCGGUAAGCGAUUUUUCUAUGAUUCAUUUACCACAGAUUACUCACUACCUAGUAACCGAUGCUUCCAAUUACGGUUGGGGAGCCCUACUAAACGACACGUGCCUUGCCGGGACGUGGGAACCUUACCAACAAACUUGGCACAGCAACCUCAAGGAGCUAGUAGCGAUCCAGAGAGCGAUAGAAUCAAAUACAGAGGGCUUACGCGGGGCCAGUUUGCUGAUUCAGUCAGACAAUGUAACGGCUCUCGCGUACUUAAGGAACGAAGGGGGCACGAAGUCAUCAAAAUUAAUGAGUCAAACCCGCCAGGUAUGUCAACUAAUUCAAGACUUACAGAUUGUAGUUACUUAUCAACAUCUACCAGGACGUUUCAACUGUGUGGCCGAUCGACUGUCUCGAGGCAAAUCGAUACCAGAGUGGCAUCUCCUACCAGAAGCGACACACAAAAUAUUUCAAAAAUUCGGUAUACCUCAGGUGGAUCUCUUCGCAUCAGCGCGAGCCCACGUAGUUCCCCAUUACGCGUCCCUAGACCCGAGGGACGAGGCCGCUCUAUUCCACAAUGCCUUCAGCAGGCGAUGGGAGUACCAACUAGCUUGGGUGUUUCCUCCUCCAUCACUCAUGCCUCGGGUUUUGACUCACCUAAACAAUUGCAGAGGCCAGUAUAUUGUAGUAGCCCCCCACUGGAUAAAGUCGUUUUGGAGACCAGAUCUACAGAACAGAGCCCUCAGCAGGCCAGUUCUAAUACACGACCUACAGAGAACUCUAAUAGACGUAACUACCAACCUACCGCUCCCCAAGGUAACCGAUUUGAUAUUGAAAGCUUGGCUGAUUGGAGCUGGGACACCUUACUGAAAAAUUGGACCCCAGCAGAGAAGGCCGUAUUGAUGAACGGUUGGCGGAAAUCUACUUUGAUGUCAUAUAAACCGGCCUGGAAUCGAUGGGUAAAGUGGUGUUUAAAAAACGAAGUUUCCAUUAUUACACCGCAAGCAAAAGACCUCGCCAAGUUCCUCGCAGAUCUUCAUAUUACAGAAAAGCUUGCCCCAUCAACCAUACAGUUACAUAAAUCUGUUGUUUCCACUAUUUGCGAACCGCAUUUGAAUAAAAAAUUAAGUCAAGACACAUUUGUGCGGCGAGUGUUAAAAUCUGUUUCAGUAGCACGCCCCAUUAAUAGGAAAGUCCCCAUUUGGGACCCGCAACAGGUUGUACAAUGGCUUCAAAACAAUGUGCCGAUUAAUAUUUCAUUUUUCGAAGCGUGUCGGCGUUGUGCUACAAUAUUAUUACUUACAUCGGGAAGGAGAGUUCAUGAUUUAACAUUGUUAUCCAUUUCACCAGGUCACAUACAAGAGGAUAAUACUAACAUUAUUUUGUGGCCAAUAUUUGGUUCGAAAACAGACACCGCACAACACCAACAAUCGGGAUGGAAACUUAGACCUCAUGAUGUUCAAGCAAUUUGCCCUGUGUACUGGGUAAAAAAGGUCAUUGAACUAUCGAAAUCAAGAAGAGGCUCACUUCAACAACUAUUCCUCACGACUCGAGGAACGCCGAAGCCUGCCUCCAGGACGGUCAUUGGCGGUUGGGUAAGAACUGUUCUUAAAUCUGCAGGUAUAGACGCUACACCUGGCAGCAGUCGCUCUGCAGUUGCCUCUUACAACUGGUUAUGUAACGUCCCAUUAGACACCAUACUCGAGAAAGGUAACUGGAGACGGGCUUCGACCUUCCAUAAACAUUACUGUAGAAAAAUAAAUAAGACUAUUAGUGCUAAUAAUAACACAUCAAAUGUAUCAAAUUUAUUUAAUGCAAUUUAGAAUAUUAUUGAAUUAUUUACAAAUGCAUGCUAAAUACGUAAUUGUUGUCUAUUUAUCAAAUUAUACAAUGUUUCUUACGGAAUGUUAGUUUACUUACAAACUAUAAUACAAAGAUUAUCACUAAAUAAAUAUCUUUCUUUUAAACAGUAUGAAAACUUUAACGAUUCACUUCAUUUCUAUCACAUGACAUUCACUUAUUCACUGUAGCCCGUGUUCACUAUUUAGCUUCUCACACCUCUCACCAGGUGGUAACAAACACUUCUCACCAUACCCGGACAAGGCGAGGAAUGCACAAUGAUAAGGUUUUACCUACCAAUAAAACCGCCAUUGUGCUCCGAGCCUUGUCCGGGCAAUUUAAAUUGCACCUGGUGAGA